AUGUCAGACCAACCUCAAUUCGGCGAGCUCGGCAAGGUCCUCACCGACAAGCUCGGCUCCAACCCUUCGCAGAAAGAUAUUCAAGAAACCAUCAAGGAAGGAUACGCCAAGUUGGAGACGUUAUCUGGCAACGAGAAAGACCAAUUGGCCAAGGGUUUGGGCAAGCUCGAACACUUGGGCAAGCUUGAGCAGCUUGGAAAGCUUGAAGGAGGAAAGCUUGAGCACUUGGGCAAGCUUGAGCAGCUUGGAAAGCUCGAAGGAGGCAAGCUCGAGGGAUUUGGUAAGCUCGAAGGUUUGGGCAAGCUUGAGACCAAGGACCCCAAGGACCCCAAGGAAACUCUGGAAGUGGAUGGGUGUGGCAAGCCCCACGAAACGAGAAUUAUCCACGAAAUUGAGCUCUGGGCUGAUGAGAUAGCGUAG